GCAACCACACUGUACAUGUAAGUAGCCAGGUCGGACCUGUUGGCUUAGUGUGUGAAUAGGUGUCGUCUUGUCACUGUUUUGGAGACAAGACGAUCGAAGUCGUGUAUGACCAGUAAUCACAGACUGCACGUCCUUAAAUGUAUUGAAGUUACACCAGUGAAGUGAGAAAUGUCGGAUUAUUUAGAACCAGGAGAUUUGUUGGUUUUUUACCGUACAGGAUACAGACACUGGGCAGUGUAUUCAUAUGAUGACCAGGUCAUUCAUUUCACAGAUGAUGGGUGGAUUAGAGAAGUAGAUUUUGAGGAUGUUAAGGAGAACUCGCAAGUUGCAUACGAAUGUAACUAUAGCCCUUUUUCUAAAGAAGAAAUUGUGAAGAGAGCGAGGUAUCUAAAGGGACAUAGAAACAGUGGGCGGUUCAACGUAGUAUUCAAUAACUGCGAACAUUUUGCCAAAUGGUGUCGGUAUAAUCGAAUAGAAAGCUCGCAGGCUAAAGCUGCAUGGGCUUCGUUUGGUACUGCUCUCUUAGCACCUGUCUGGAUGGCAGCUGCAGGAGCGGUCGCACCGGCGUUAGUAUUAGGUACAUUAAUAACGACAGCAGCAUCAGUUGCAACGGCUACUCUCUCUUCUAGUAGUCCCAACGUACACAGCUCCGGGAAGAAAAAGAGCGAGAUACACAGACGACUGAAGACAAGCUAUAAAUGCUACAAUUAGAAUAUAUUUCUAAUGUACAAUAUGUGUUGCAACCUCUGUAAGAAUUCAUUGGUUAAAGGGACAUUGGACUACAGGCUGGUAGCAAUCUGAUUAAAAUUAGUUCUACUGGUCUACCAGUAGAUCUAACAGCAUUGCGUGGACUCCCAUGUCCAGGUGACAUUCCAUCUAUA